AUGAGGAGCAAGCCUCGAUAUCUUUUGGCUAGCCUAGCAGCUCUUGUCCAACUAGCCCGAGUAGUUGAGGGCAAAGACCUAACAUCCUACGUCAACCCAUUCCUAGGCACUGAAGGCCCAACCCCGGGAUCGGCAUAUCAAGGCAGAAAUGUCUUUCCGGGAGCUACACUUCCAUUUGGGGCAGUCAAAGUCGGCAUUGACACGACUAGGUGGGACACAAGGUAUCAAGCUAACGCAGGCUACACCCCGGAGGGCAACGUCACCGCCAUCACGAUACUGCACGUGAGCGGAACAGGAGGUGCUCCGACGUAUGGUUUGAUCCCUCAGAUGCCCCUCACAUCAAUUGAGGGUGUCAAUGUGCUCGACAACUUGACCUAUAUGCAACAGAGGAAUGGCAUUACGGCCGAGAUGAGUGCCAGUCAGCAUGUCGGGAUUAUGAAAUACCAAUUCCCGGACAACGAGGACCGGAACGUACUCGUUGAUAUCAGCCACUAUCUCCCCACGCGGGGAAAGGAGACGCAAUGGUACAGCAACGGAGAGUUGGAGCGCAGCCCAGACGGAACUUGGUACAGCGGUUACGGCAUCUACAGAGAAGGCUGGGCUCUCGGCGGUGAUUUCAAGAUUUACUUUUGUGGGCGAUUCAAUGCUGCUCACUCUAAUGUCCAGCUCUUUUCUGGCAUGUAUACAGAUCCGUACUGGCCAAACACCACAAAUGUCAAGCCAGAGUCCACCGAGAAUGAGUGGAUAAAAGGUGGUGUUUACGGAUGCCAAUACGCUGACAGAAUUGGAGGCUCCAACUCGGACAAUAUACUCGCAGACGCCUACGUCACGAACCUUGAUCAAGACAGCGGCUACAACGCCAUGCGAACCAAUGCCGAGCUGCAACCGUACAACAACUUUGACUUCAAUGACCCAACAGGGAGUACAAAGGAGGGAAGGGGUGCACUAGAUGACUGGAAGAAAUACGGUCACGUCAGUACAAAUUUUUCAUCACCAUCUUGUUUAAUGGACAUAAAAUUUCCAGGGUAA